AUGGUUGACAACUCAUUUAGAGGCUCCAUACCCAAUACAGUUGGUAAUCUAAGGCUCCUGGAGCGGCUCUAUCUUUUUGGAAAUAAUCUGACCAGGGAGUCUUCUACUCUUGAAUUAAGGUUUUUUACAUCUUUAGCAAAUUGCAGACGUUUAAAAGUUUUGGCAAUAGCAUUAAAUCAAUUCAAUGGCAUCAUCCCUGCUUCAAUUGGCAAUCUCUUCACUUCGCUUCUGUACUUGGAAGCACGUGGUUGCAAACUUAUGGGGGAGAUUCCCAGUGGCAUUGGUAACUUGAGCAGCUUGGAUUUCAUAAAUUUAGAUAGCAAUGAAUUGACAGGCUUUAUCCCAAGAACAAUUGGAAGGUUGCAGAACCUGCAACAAUUGUAUCUUGAACACAAUAAGCUGGAAGGAUUCAUGCCCAAUGAUUUUUGUCAGUUGAAUAAUUUGGGAGACUUGUAUCUAAGCGAUAAUAAGCUCUACGGACUGAUACCCCCAUGCUUGGGUGAACUUAAAUCCCGAAGACGGAUCUACUUAGAUUCCAACAAUUUGACUUCUGCAAUUCCUUCAACCUUGUGGAGCCUUAAAGAUCUCGUUGGUUUAAAUCUAUCCUCAAAUUCUCUUAGUGGCUAUAUACCUCUUGAUGUUGAGCAUAUGAACGUAAUAACAGAAUUAGACUUGUCUUGGAAUCAGUUAUCGGGCAAAAUCCCAAAUUGCAAGGAAAAAUUCCCACUGGAGGACUUUUUGCAAACUCCACAGCUCAAUCAUUUAUGCACAACUAUGGACUGUGUGGUGCCCCUAGAUUGCAAGUCCCACCAUGCAAAACUAGAAGCCUUCAGCAUAGCAGGGCACCAGUUCUGCGAGUACUGA